AUGGAGGAGAUUCCGCAGCCGCUGUGUAUGCCUCCGAGCGACUGCAAUAGGGACGUCGUCAUCGUCUUGAGACGAAGAGGGACCCACGAGUGGCCGAGAGCGGCCACGACCGCCCAGAAGACGAGCCUCAGAAAUGCCUCGCUCCGGCAGAGGACGAGCGCGAAGACAUUUGCGAUCGAGAACAGGGCGGACAAAGAGGAGACGCUUGUAGACAGUGAAGAGGCCCUGGUCGAGAAGGAUAACCGAGAGCCUCGAGGGUUUCGGCCUUGUAGGGGUUUGGCGGUGUUUGCUGGCGGCGGGCGGGAGGACGAGGAGUGGCUGAGGAGUGCAUUAUCCUCCUUAUUCAUAUGGAACAGGAUAUCGGUUGGUGCUUCGGGUGCACUAUACAAACAAGGUGGGUAG